AUAUGCCUACAUACCGCAAAAGCGUAAUGUAGGCGUCUACGUUUUACGCGACAUCUCCUAACUUCAAUCUUGCCUUUGUUCGCUUCAGUUCUAUCCCAACUCCUUGAAUCCGCCAUGGCAGCUAUGACGAAGGAAGAUCUGCUCGACGGAGUGGCCCGGAUGUUCGAUCGAGACAGCGAGACCGCCAUCACGCUCCGACAUGCAACGGGAGAUUCCUGCCAGACAGCUGCCGUCCACGACAACGUGACGGAUCUCGAGGAGAGACGGAGCCUCUUCCACGACUUCCUAGGCGAGUGUAGCAGGGGCUUCCGGAUGCCCACGGUCAUAUGCCUCUCAGUUUUCCUCCUCAGUCCGAUUGACCAAUUACGCCAUCAAGUCGCCGACGCCAAGGCGUCGUGGAGAGAUUUCAUAACGAUUUAUUUCUCCAGCAAUGAGGUGGCUAGUGACGUCGUCAGAUCCUUUUUGGCCAAGGGUAAGACGCCCGGCACGCCUGGAUCCUCGGCACCUGGCACUCCAAAGGCGGCAGCAGCAACGGCGACAGCAACGGCGGCCGGCUCAGUGGUGGCAGAAGCUGGCAAAGAAUCUGCGCCUGUUAUGCCCCCCCGUUGAAAGCUCCGCCCAUGACCGUACCAAUCUCGCCCACUGCUAGCUCAUCGACGCUGAAGAGGACGGCAACAAGUCCGGCCGGUGGCAGUCCGGCCAAGAAAUCUAUCAAAACAUCUACACUAUCCACACCCUCAGCCCAAAGUCCGAACAGAGAAGCCAAGAACAAAGCGCGCAAGCAUUCCGCAACAGUAGCGACCUACCAUCGAG